AUGGCCGACUUUGACCUGGACUCGACCAUCAAAAAUGGUAUAAGAAACAUGCAGCUUCAUGCCAGGCAUGUUAUUGUCAGCUCAACUGUCAAUUGGGAGCUCUCAGCACAGUUUCUAAUAAAUUACCCUCGUCUCCAAUCAAUAACAUGGGAAGAAGGCUCAAGCCGCCCAAAAGUUAUCAGAGAACCCUGGCGGUCGGCAACUUAUGUUGAAUUGAAUAAGGUAUUCAAACAUUCGCCAAAUGUCGGACUUAUCAUUUCCCAAUUCGCGUAUCGUCGUGAAGCCCCACGGGCCGCUUACGCAAUGAGAGAUAUGCUAGCUGCCAAUAUUGUAGAGAUCGGAGUAGAAGACUCUGGGGAUUUAAGCCCGUCUGAUAAUCUUCAGGAUCUCUUGAUUGCGUCAACCAGAAUAGAGAGAGUCAAUUUCCACUUCGGGCUACACAACGUCAUUCCAUGCCCAUUCGACCCCCGGCGAGGUAGGCUUCCACCUAUCAAACGCCUCACAUUUCCAGAAGUAUAUUCAUGGGAUUACAAUCCAGAAAGCAUGAGCCAGAUAUGGGAUUUCUCCCAACUCCAGGAUCUUACUAUUGCAUGGCAUCUUCUUGGUAACUUUCUGAAUGCGUUUUACCGGAGAAUCUAG